AGGAGGGAAGCGGCUUCCCUGGCGGACUUGAGCAGCGCCCGCGCCCAGUUCCUUUCCCUUCGGGGUCCGAGCCCACCACCUAAGUGGCCGCAUCGGGACUCUGGUCAGGGACCCAGCAGUGUUACAGUGGCUCUACCCCAGCCCUAGCCCUACUGGAUCAAGAGCCCUCCCGGGUCCCUGGCUCCCGGACAGCGGCCGGCCCGAACCCCCUCAUUGGGCAGCGGCUCCUCAUUUGCGUAUUCAUCUGCUCCCGCGAGCCAAAGGAGAUGCUCGCGGGGUGUCCAUUGGUCCCCAGAGCGUAGACGUCACGAGCGGCUCCCACGGACUUUCCUCGGACUGCUUUGGAGCCCCCGGGCCGCACUUGGACUUGACCUCAGAGCCAGCCUCUCUCGCUUCUCGGCUCUGCUGCGACCACCGGUGCCAGCGCCCGGGACUCUGCCCCAGGACCCGCGGGCAUGGCGGAGCAGACGUCCGGCUGGAGCCUGUCCUUUUCUGGCUGCGGCUUCAUGGGCUUUUACCACGUUGGAGUGACCCAGUGCCUGAGCGAGCACGCCCCGCAGUUGCUGCGGGACGCCCCCAACUUGCUGGGAUCCUCGGGCGGGGCUCUGCAUUGCGCCACCUUCUUGUGCGGGCUCUCCCUGGAAAGUCGACUUCAAAUCCUCAUGGACCUCGUCAGAAGUGCCAGAAAGCGCAACAUUGGUGUGCUUCAUCCUUCCUUCAAUCUGUCCAAAUAUCUCCGCGACGGUCUAAACAAGUUCCUCCCAUCUAAUGCUCACAGGCUGCUCUCUGGCAAAAUGGUCAUCUCCGUCACCAGAGUGUCCGACAGGAAAAAUGUGCUGAUAUCAGAUUUUGAUUCCAAGAAAGAGCUCGUUGACGCUUUGGUUUGUUCCUCCUUUAUUCCAUUCUACUGUGGUUUAAUUCCCCCAACUUACAGAGGUGUGCGAUAUAUGGAUGGAGGAGCAAGUAACAACAUGCCUUUCAUCAACGCCAGCACCACCAUCACCAUUUCUCCUUUCUAUGGGGAGCAUGACAUCUGUCCCAAAAUUAAGUCAACCAACUUCCUCCAUGUGAACAUCACCAACCACAGCCUACGUCUCUGCUCAGGCAACAUUUACCUCCUGGCCAGAGCACUUUUUCCACCAGAGCUAAAGGUACUUGCAGAGAUCUGUCUUCGAGGAUAUUUGGAUGCAUUUAGAUUCUUGGAAGAAAAGGGCAUCUGUGACUCAUCGCCUUCUUGUCUGAAUGUGCCUUCAGAAGAGAGAGAAUCAGAGGUCACUUCGUCCUGCAGUGAAAAUGGGAGUCCUCCAACAUCUCUUAAGAGGCAGAGCAAUAGUGACAUCACACCAGAGGCCAUUGAGUUUAUUGACCAUCUACGACUCAACAUAAUUCCAUGGGAUGAGGACAUUUUGAAAAUCGUCUCCCCUGAAGUUUAUUUAGCUAUGGGAAAAGCAAUGAAAGAAAAAGGUGGAUACUUGACCAAGAUAUUCAACUGCUUACCAGUUCGGAUAGCGUCCUAUAUGAUGCUCCCAUGUACACUGCCUGUGGAAUCUGUAAUUUUUGCUGCACAAAGGCUAGUGAGAUGGUUUUCAGAUAUGCCGAAUGACCUCGAAUGGUUGCAGUGGGCUGCCUAUAAAAUUUUCGGUCUAGCAUGAGAGUGUCUUCUAGAAUCCAGGUGAGGAAAUGAAGGCCUUUUCCAAGUCUGCUCAAGUUGUUGUGGAGUCUGGAGAAGAAUCUACACUUCCAGAAUUAAAAUUCAAGUGAUUUUUACCUUAGGUAUUCCUUCCUGAAUCUAAGGAGACAAGGAAUCAUUUUUGCUUUUCAGGAACCAAAGCCUAACUUUAGGAAGAAGUGACCAGCUUGCCUGUCUCAAGCAGCCUGGAGCAGCCUGCCCAGUGGCUCAGAAGCAUUCAGCUCUUUUACAAUCUGGAAGAAA